GGGAAGGGACGGGAGGGCGCGCUCUGCGGUGUUGGUUUCGAUGUUGGCUCGGGAGUGCGGGUGUUCUCUUCAGCACGGAGCUCGAUAAAAGAACAUUGCAAAGGUGCCGUGCCGAUUGUGUGUCUGCUGGAGAGAGCUGACAGUGACAUUUGGAAUUUCUGUGGGAGGACUGUGCAGGAAAUCCCCAAAUUCCGAUGGAGACUCUUCCCCGUAUUUGGGUCUGAAAGGAAGCAGCAAAGCGGACAGUUCUGCUUUAAGAAGUGUGGGGGAAGCUGCUGUUUUUCUUGCUGUGAGGCAAUUCCUCCUGCCGACUUCUCCCAGCCUGGCUGGCAGGUUUAAAACCCAGCGUGCAGAAGGAAGCUGCAGGCAGCACUGAAGGUCUGUUGACUUAGAGAAGGCUCAGAAGCAUGGAAAGCCUCUGUGCAGCAAACACCACUUUUGCUGUGGACCUGUUCAGAAAGCUGUGUGAGGAGAGAAGUGGGAAGAAUGUGUUCUUUUCACCAUUUAGUAUUUCUUCUGCUUUGUCUAUGGUUUUGCUGGGUUCCAGAGGUAGCACUGAAGCCCAAAUAAGUAAGGUGCUCUCUCUGAAGGAUGCCCAGGAUGCUCACAAUGGGUAUCAAUCCCUUCUCUCUGAGAUUAAUGAUCCAAACACCAAAUACAUCCUGAGAACUGCAAACCGGCUCUAUGGAGAAAAGACCUUUGAGUUUCUUGCAUCUUUCAUAGAGUCGAGUCAGAAAUCCUACCAUGCUGGCCUAGAGCAGAUGGACUUCCUGCAUGCCUGGGAGGAUUCCAGGAAACAAAUCAAUGGCUGGGUAGAGGAAAGGACUGAAGGUAAAAUUCAGAACCUGCUGGCAGAGGGAAUUCUCAGUUCCCUGACCAGACUUGUGUUGGUGAAUGCCAUCUAUUUCAAAGGCACCUGGGAAAAGCCAUUCAGGAAGCAGAGUACCACAGAAUGGCCAUUCCACAUUAACAAGAACGAGACCAGACCUGUGCAGAUGAUGUUCAAGGAGGCGAAUUUUAACAUGACGUACAUUGGGGAGCUGCAGACCAAAAUCCUUGAGCUGCCCUAUGUGGGUAAUGAAGUGAGCAUGAUCAUCCUGCUCCCUGAUGCAAUCCAGGAUGGAUCCACAGGCUUGGAAAGACUGGAAAAAGAAUUUACGUAUGAGAAACUGAGGGGUUGGAUCAGUUCUGAAAUGAUGAAGUCUACAGAGGUGAGGUUGUCUUUACCCAGAUUUAAACUGGAGGAGGAUUACAAACUGAAACCUGUUCUAAGCAGCAUGGGAAUGCCUGAUGCCUUUGAGCUGGGGAAGGCAGACUUCUCAGGAAUCUCAUCUGGCAAGGAGCUGGUGCUGUCUGAAGUGGUUCACAAGUCCUUUGUGGAAGUCAAUGAAGAAGGCACUGAAGCAGCUGCUGCCACAGCUAUGCCGAUGUGUGGAUGUUGUGCCAUCAUGUCCACUCCACCACAAUUCACUGCUGAUCAUCCCUUCCUCUUCUUCAUCCGGCACAACAAAUCCAGCAGCAUUCUGUUCUGUGGCAGGUUCUGCUGUCCCUAAGGAGGAGAUGUCUGGGCAGCACAGGUGCCAUCACACAAUAAAUGUGCAUUUCCCUGGAACAAGGUGUCUCCUUUUGCACUAAUUGUCUCUUUCAGCUGUGCCUGAACCCUCUUCUGCAGUGUUGAUCUGAGGCUUGCCAGGACUAUCAGAGCUGCUUAGACAAACACAGCCCCAGCCAUGGCCAAGCCCCUGCACCUGUGUGCAGAGGUCUCCAGGUUGCUGCUGACACAAGAACCAUCCCACUUUGCUGUGUGAGUGCUUGUGUGCUUGACUUCACUCUGGGUGUCCAGCAGGCAGAGUCAGGCAGUGAGAGCCCGUGGCAGGGAACAAGUUACCUUUGCUUGUGACAAGGCUGGAGCGAGCACAUUUGUAGCUGCCCUCCCCUUUUACCUUCCAGUCCCAUCCCUUUAGUGCCUUGAUCAUUUAGUGCCUUGAUCCAUUGCCUGGAGCUGAAAGGAGUCUGUGGCAGCGUGUUCCAGGUGUUGCUGAGCAUCCUGCAGGGAUGUGGGCUUUUGGCUAACAACUGGCCAGCACUUAGGCAAGAAUGGGAAUGAAAGAUGCUUUUAUACCUGAUGUCCCUGUGAGGUGUUUGUGGGGUGAGUACCUUUGUUUCAUCAGCCCAGGACAGCUGGGUUUAUUCCCUGUCACCUGGUUCUGGUCCUCUAACAAAGAAUGUAACAGAAGGGUGCAUGGUGCCUGUGCAAUACUUGAAUGACAAAGCCUUGUGGGUUUUAUGGGGUUUUUUUGUGCUACUGUUAUAUGUUUUUGCUGUUAAUAUUUUCUUAGACACCACAGUUUACCUGUAUAAUACCAAAGACACGGGUGCAAUCGCUUUCCUUGCACUGGGAUGUGUUUGUGGGGCCUGUUCCUGGAAUAAUAAAAGAAGUGCGAGCGCUGCAGGGGUGUUUCUCUCGUUU